CUUGUGGAUGGUAGUAAAGAAAGUCUGAUAAGAUAUAUGGGUCUACCAUUAAAUAUAUUCGAAAAGGGAUCAUUUUUUCAGCCUUACUUACCACUACAGCAAAUUGAUAUGCUUUCGUCUGAACAGACCAAAUCGUAUGUCGUUGGCACAACCAAUCAAAUUUUCUUCCAUCAUAAAAGCGAUACAAAGAUUGAUGUGUUGGUCAAUGUAGAGAAUGGCACGUUAGAGUUCUAUAAUCAACAACUAAUCAAUCUGGUGAGCCCGACUAUUGCAGAUAGGCGCUGGAUGGAAAAUAUAAUGAAGGUGGUACACGACACAUGGAAUCAGAAUGGUUAUCGUCCAUUACAGAAUACAUACCUCGGCUCGGAUGAUUAUUUGAGAGCUAGAUUUGAGGAAUAUAUGUUAUCGUUGUUAUCAAGCAUCAAACAUGCUCAGGCAUAUAAUUUAUUGGAUAGUAUCAAGGAAACAGGAGGGAAUAAUAGCACAACAGAAGAGGUCAUUCCCGACGAAAACGAAGAGCACAAUUACUUGCGGGAUUACGGUAUGAAGUGGUUGGUACGCUGGUUUGAAACAGACAACUUCAAAGAAUGGAAUCAGCACACAGAUCAUGAAAUAUAUGAAAUUGUGGAACCAGGACAUCCUGGAAGGGGACAUCUAUCUAUGACUGAUAUACAAAAUACCUUGGCAAAUCGUUUCCGAGAUUUGCAACUCAAGCAAAAUUUUGUCCCUCUCAAGAACACCUUUUCGAAGGCCAUGUCUAGCGGUCGAUCAAAACUGAAUGCGAUCUGGAGUGAAUUUGAACGAGGUCAGCAACAACCACCACAACUAUCGCCCUUAUUGGAACAAACGACACAACAGGCAGGCCGGCUUUUUUCAAAUUUCUCAUCUUUCAUAAGCAGAAAAACAAAGGAGUUCUCACAGGUUAUGGAAGUAUGA